AAGUAACAUUUGGAGUAGCAGUCGUGGGGCAUAUAGAUCUGUUGUGGACUGUCUUUUCCUGAGACUGUAAACACUUGUGCAGAAUGUCUGAGACCAAGAAAAAAGGGAAAGGAAAGAGCAAAAAGAACAAAGAAGGGAAAAAAGGGGAAAGAGAACCUGACCCAGGAAAAGCUGUCCCUCCCAAACUGAAGAAACUGAAAAGCCCAAACGUUCAUGUCGGUGAAAAGAUUUCACUGAAAUGUGAGGCGACUGCUGGAAACCCUCAGCCCUCCUACAAAUGGUUUAAAGAUGGCAAAGAGCUGAAGAAGAGCAAAGACAUCCGGAUCAAGUAUGGGAAUGGGAAAAGGAUUUCCAGACUGCAGUUCAACAAGGUGAAGCUGGAAGAUGCUGGGGAGUACAGCUGCGAAGCGGAGAACGUUUUAGGGAAAGACACCGCAAAAGGCAGCCUGAAUGUGAAAAGCGGAACAACGAAAGCACCACAAGUCUUACCAGCCUCAGAAACUAAAAUAGUUGUUAUGGAAGAAGAGUUAACCACAACUCUCUCCUCCUGGUCUGGGCAUGCUAGAAAAUGCAACGAAACAGCCAAGUCCUAUUGUGUCAAUGGUGGGGUAUGCUACUACAUCGAGGGGAUUAAUCAGCUCUCUUGCAAAUGUCCAAAUGGAUUCUUCGGACAGAGAUGUUUGGAGAAACUGCCUUUGCGAUUGUACAUGCCAGAUCCUAAGCAAAAAGCGGAAGAGCUCUACCAGAAGAGAGUUUUAACCAUCACAGGAAUCUGUGUUGCCUUGCUUGUGGUGGGCAUCGUCUGUGUGGUAGCUUACUGUAAAACCAAGAAACAAAGAAAACAAAUGCAUAAUCAUUUACGGCAGAACAUGUGCCCUGCCCAUCAGAACAGGAGCCUUGCAAAUGGGCCAAGCCAUCCACGUUUGGAUCCUGAGGAAAUCCAAAUGGCUGAUUACAUUUCAAAGAAUGUUUCUGCCACCGAGCAUGUGAUCCGAAGGGAAACCGAGACAACCUUUUCGGGAAGUCACUCCUGCUCCCCUUCUCAUCACUGCUCUACAGCCACUCCAACGUCCAGCCAGAGACAUGAAAGCCACACCUGGAGCUUGGAGCGGACGGAGAGCCUGACUUCAGAUUCCCAGUCUGGGAUAAUGCUGUCCUCGGUGGGAACCAGUAAAUGCAACAGCCCUGCAUGUGUAGAGGCACGGGCUCGCCGCGGGGCCGCUUUCUGCAUCGAGGACUCGCGGAGGCCCAUGACACAGUAUCGGGACUCGGUGGAUUCUCUGCGGGACUCACCGCACAGCGAGAGGUACGUGUCGGCCCUGACCACACCAGCACGCCUGUCGCCUGUUGACUUCCAUUACUCGAUGGCCACACAGGUGCCCACCUUCGAGAUCACCUCCCCCAACUCGGCGCACGCCGUCUCCCUGCCACCGGCGGCCCCCAUCAGCUUCCGUGUGGAGGAACAGCAGCCCCUUCUGCGGCGGUACCAGCUCCCCUUCCAGGACACACAGAGGUACGACAGCUACUACCAAAGGAAGACCUAUCUAAACGACAGCAUGGGGAGCCUGCCCUCCAGCCCCUUCCGCAUCACGGAGGACGACGAGUACGAGACGACGCAGGAGUAUGUCACAGCGCUAGAGCAGCCAAAGAAAACAGCCAGCAGCAACAGGCGGUGGAAAAAAUCCAAACUGAACGGGCACGUCCCUCACAGAGCCAGAGCCAUCCGGGACUCCUUCUCCUUGAGCAGCGCCUCUUACAGCGAGUCUGACGAGGAGCUGGUGGCCGAGAGCACCCCCUUCCUAAGCACUCAGAACAAUGAGGCGGCCCACACGGAGUCGCCGCCGCUGCACCGGCCGGGCGACAGCCGGACUCACCACUCCUGCAGCAGGCACAGCGCCCACGGGGAGAGCGGGCGCAGCAGCCUGGGGCACACGGCGCCCAAACCGGACCCCCACCCUCUCUAGGCGCCUCCCAGGCUCUCGCACCCACAGACCUAACCCGCAUGGAGGAGGCCGAGAAGGGAGACGAGACAGAACAAAACAAAAAAAUAAAUAUUUUUAUUUUAUAUAAAAGAGGGAAAAAUAUAACAAAUAAAAUGUUUUAUUUUCAUUUUAGCAAAGUUGUCUUAUAAUAGCUAAUGGCAAUGACUUUUUUAUAGGGAAUCUCUAUUUAUAUGUAAUGUCUUGAUUUACAGCUUCCAAGAAAAAAAAAGUUAAAAAAAUUUAAAAAAAAAAAAGAAGAAAAGAAAACAAACAAUAAAGUUAAAAAAAAAAUGGGCCAAUUUUUGACUACUUAAAAAUAGAAAACAAAACUAUCAUGGUGCCUUUUGCUGUAUGCUAGUGCUGGGAUUCAUGCUGAGGAUUCUGUUUCAGUAGCAUUUUUAAGAUCAUAGAUUUUUGUUUGGGAGACAACCGUCACAAGGGCACUCUUCCACUGGAAGAAAACAGCCUCGCCACUUUGCCCUGUACCCCACUAUUAAUGAUCUUAUUCUUUGAGGUAUUGUUUAAACACACAUCAAGGACAUGAGUGGGAGCAUUUCCAUUGUCAUGUCUACUGGGGAUCUGUCUUGCCCUGUGAAAUACCUGUAAUUUCACUUAAAUCAGGAGAAAAAGAAACCCAACAGCACCAUACUGAAAUGCAGAAAUAAUGUUUCUUUUGCCACACAGAUAGGGAAGAGAAAAAGAAAUCGCACAGCAGCAGCAGCCCUUACAAUAUAGCUCUCAACCUCUGCCCAUUUCACCCCUGGGUCUGAAGCUGGGUUGGCACAGGUUUGUGGUCUGACGAGGCGGACAGUGUGUGAAGGUGCUGAGGUGGAACCCCAUCACGUACGGUUGAAUCCAGUUCACUGAAGCCAGCCCUGGCAGGCGGGGGGCACUGCCCUGCUCCCCACCCGGCCGCGGUGCCCUGUGGCUGCGUUGCCCUCCCGGUGCUGUGCUGGCCGCGGGCUCCCCUUCGCCGAGCGGUGUUGGCCGUGGUGCCCCGUGCCACGGUGCCGUGGGGCUGCUGGGGCUGGGGCGUCCCGCGUGCUGCGCUCGGCUGCAGUUCAGGCGGUGCUGGGAGGAUGCCUGGAGGGCAGCCCCGCGGCACAGCACGGCCACGGCUUGCCCUGGACAGUGUGCCAGAGAGCUGCCGGCCAUGCUGCCCCGGGGUUUGGAAGGAGCCUGAGCACUUUUGGCCCUGCUUGUCACCCCUGCAUUGGCCAGGAAGGGCCCUGCGUGGGGCAGCCCAGUGAACGGAUUCUUCUGUACUGCCGUGCCGUGUAUUUUAAAGAUGGUUGUUACCAUCACGUCUUGCCAUUGGUGACGGACGUCGCGUUUCCAAACUCGGAGCAGCUCUGGCCAUUGGCUCUGUGGCGCAAAGAGACAGUCCUGCGUGUCCAGGCGGCAGAGCAUCCCCAUGGAAGUGCCCCUCUCUCCUCAGUUCUCUGCAGCAAACCUGUUUACAUUGUAGCCUGACUUUUUUCUUUUUAUAUUUUUACUUCUGCAUGUCCUUUGCAUUUCAGAUACUGUAGAUUGGAUGCAUGGUGAAGCUGUGACUGAGAAGAUAAUACAACAAUUGACAGUGUAUUUCAUUUAACUUUUAGCAAUAAAGUAACUAAACCCUCUAUUCCUCACCCAUGAUGGGGUCAGAUAGAAAACUCUGCUAAUUUGUCAUAAGAUGAUUGUCAAAGUUUGCUCUGGAUUGUCUGAAUGUCAGAACUCUCGACUGUUUAACACUUGAACAUUUUUUAUAUUAUAAAUAAAAUAACAAAUAACAAGC